CAUGAUUUCGGGGAAGUGCCUGUUACAGUUUUGAUGUCCAGGUAAUCUGUCGAGGAUUGAUUGAUUGACCAUGCAUUCUGGUCCCCAAGUCCGAGCUGGUUGGUCCGAUACCCGAGCGGACGAGUGCUCGGGUAUAGCCGUCUCGACUGUAUCCGUCAAAGACGACCGAACUGUUGAAAUUUGCCAGAUUCGAACGAUGGCAUUUCGAUUUCCCUUUAUGUUGCAUAUUCCAUUUCUUUCCUAUCUCCUCUGUGGUUUUUAUGGAACAGAUCUAUCUUUUGUCUUAUCACUACCUCCCUUUCAAUUUGUUACUAUCUGCCUGCUCCGAUUCCAGCAUGUCUUACUCUCUAUUUUGCUUUUUUCCUUUUUUCCCCCUCUUCCACUCUUUGAUCUGCUGCUUAUUGAACAGGCUAUGGCAUUAUUUUUCUAAAAUAAAUUGUUUCAUCAAAACAAUUCAGGGAGAGAUCAUCACUGAACUGGACCCUCUCCUGUCCGUGCCCCGCACU